AAAAAUAAAAGCUCGUUUUAGAAAUAAAAAAAUUUCAGAUGGAACAAAGAAAUAUAAAAGUUAAAGUUAGUUUAAACUGAAACUGAGGAAACUUGAAGAAGUCUCAAUCAACCGCAGUUUUACUUUCUUUCAGGAUGAAAACAACAAUCUUUCUUUCAUUAUUUGCAAUGCUGAGCUUAGUCGGAGGCUCUGAAGAUGACACUUGCAGCCUUGAGCCCUACCUCGAAGGAUCAUGUGAGGAACUGGUGACCGUGUAUUCCUAUGUGGACGAACUUAACGAGUGCGUUUUCUGGCAGGGCUGCCUGCAGAAUAGCAAUCAAUUCAGCAACAAGCAGGACUGCGAAACCACCUGCAAGAAAUAG